AUGACAAAAAUUGUAAGUCUAAAGCCCCCGGGGCCUCUCCCAGGGACGGAGGCGCCCCCAGGGACAGCAGCGCUCCCAGGAACAGGAACGGCGGAGCCCCCUCUGGGCCUUCCCGGGAACGGCGGCGCCCCCAGGGGCCUUCUCAGGGGCGUUGGUGCCCCGAGUGACCCUGCUAGAUGUGAUGGCGCCCCCGAGGGCCAUCAUGCCAGGGACAGCAGCGCUCCCAGGGGCCCUCCAGGGUUGGCGGCACCCCCAGGGGCUCUCUCAGGGACAGCGGCGCCCCCAGAGGUCCUCCCAGGGAUGGCAGGGGCCCUGCCAGAGGGCCACCAGACUGGUGCCUACACUUCAGCACCUCUGAGAGAUUAG